UGAUACAUGGAAUAGGUUUCAAGUUUAAAAUUCUACUAAAAAAAUAAUUAAAGAUUUCAAAAAAAAAAAAAAAUAAUAAAAAUGUUUUAUUGCUAUUUAAAACUAAUUAUAUUAACCCUUUUUGUUGUAAAUUUAAAGGGUUUACAAAGCAAAGAGUGCUACAGUUGUGAGGGCAUCAAUUGUUUAAGGACCUCAAAAGUUACGAAUAAGGCAACAUGUGUCGAUCCUGUGGAUAAUUGUGUAACCGUUUUUGAAGGAUUGACUGUGGUGGCCAGAGGUUGUUAUUCAAUAUUGCCUGAAGAAUAUCGCAACAAAUGUGAUAAUUUAUCCGAUACCGAGUGUCAUAAAUGCUAUAAGAAUCUAUGCAAUGAUCGAGGGGCCAUAUCGUGUCUUCAAUGUUCUUCAUCCAAUAAUAAAGAUUGUUCUAGAGCCUCUUCAAAUCUGGAAACAACUCGUUGUCCUAUCUCAACAAGUCCAAAUAGUUACUGUUAUACUCGCCAAACAUCGGCCAAUGUCGAACGUGGAUGCUUAGUAGAUUCAAAUGAACAAUUGAAAUGCAUUGCGGACACCUCUUGCGAUAUGUGUAUACCUGACGGUGAUGUGGCCUGUAAUCGAGAAUCAAUUGAUCAUACAGAAUCGGGUAGUAAACGUUUAACAAUUUAUAGUGUUUUUAUAUUGUUAACAUGGUCUGUUUUGACCUUGUUGUAAACAAAUUAAUCGAUUUAGAUUUAAAUGAUAAAAUUUUGAAAAAGAGAAUAAAAUCUUUAUUUAUUGGCGCUUCAGUAAAA